UGUAUGGUGUAUGUAUCGCUAUAGGUUAAUGUAUGGGCCUCACACUGCCCCCCAGAGGACAGCAAUGGAAUAGCUCUCCAUACACACUCAGUGAUGGGACUGUCAUUCAGUAAACUGGCUGCAACAAAGGCCCUGGGUUAUUACAUGGUCUGUAAGGAUUACAAGGCUGGGGUCCAGCACUGAGUCAAUAAUCCACAUCGACCCCUGCUUAAAUGAAAGUAGAAAACUGUGUGGCUGAUUAGAAACCAAAUCAAAUUUUCGAGGGCAACACAGCACGUCUUAAUCAGGAUUUAGAUUGGGUUUGUUCAACAUCUGUUGCUAAGCAGACUUAAAAAUAUAGAAAAAGCUCCAAAUGGAUCCUGAAAUUUCGAUUCUUUACUGUAGUCCUAGCCCUCAAGGACUCCCACAGCGCCGAGUCCAUGUCCAGCUAUCCCCUCUCUACCAGAGACGCAAGCUUCCUCCCCCGUUAGAGGAAAGGAUUCUUUUGGAAUGGGAAGAGCGUCAACGCAAACAGCCAUGGGUCUUUAAUGGAGCAAAGUUCAGGCUUCAUUCUGUACAACCAGAAGAAGAAAAAAAUAAACAGAUUUUAAAUGAAGAGAAAAGUAAAGAAAUGAAUAAUAGAGUGAGCAAUAUAUUAGAGGAGAAAAGAAGCGAGGAUAAUGAAGUGAGAUUAAAAGAGGAAGUUGACCAUGAAUCAGGGGGAGGUCUUACACUCCAUCUUGCACUUACAUCCUACAGAGACUUCUUGGGCACCAACUGGUCUGGAGAGGCAACAGCUUUGCAGGAGAGAGGUGGUAUAGAGCAUGGGGACACUGAAGCUUACCUGGCCCAACCACUGGGUGUAGGGGCUGCUUUACAAUGUCAAGAUGGACUCUUUGUUCUGCUGAGGAGAAGCCACAAAGUUGGAGAAGCACCAGGACUUCUUGAUGUUCCGGGAGGACAUCCUGAACCCAAGGCUGUAGCCCCUAAUAUCCCCGAGGAGGAGUUGUCCUUGGAUGUUCUCCAGCCAGAGUUGGUCAUCAGAGAGCUUUUUUCGUCCAUCCUUGCAGAAAUACGGGAUGAGGUUAAUCUGCCAUUGUCAACCCUCAGUGAUCCACUCCUUCUGGGCAUUGCCCGCAAUCAUACUAGUGCUGGCAGACCAAGUGCUGAAUUUUAUGUCAGGUGCAGUCUAAGCUCAGAAGAAGUGCGGGAAAGGUACUUGGAGGGAGGACCCGAGGCUCACGAGUCUACUGAUAUAAUAUUUAUUGAUAGAGAGGAAAUGCUGAAUCUGGAACAGUCUGCCAUGUGGAGAGAGCUCUGUCCGUCAGCGAAGGGUUGCGUGAAACUGUACCUGUUAGUUCGAGAACAACAAUCCUGAUUCUUUUCUCCUCUGUUUCAGUAUGAGGGUUAAGGUUCCAAGGUGUGAAAAGAGUAGUGUUUUGCAUGCAAUAAACUAUGGACUUCUGUCUCGGAAAAUAAUUUGCACAAUUACAUUGUAGCUUUCUGCAUGUUAAUAUUUUUAUAUUAAAGAGAAAAUUUUUUUCAUUAAAUGGUUUUGAUGCUAUGCAUCCUGUA